AUGUCUGAUUCCGUCGACACGAACGAGAAGAAUGUCUCCUUGUCAGGCUUGAUAGCCACCUUGGCCCCGACUGCCCUUGUGGCCGCCGUCUAUAUCCUCAUCUUCCUGAUCCUGCGACGAUCGCAGCGCAGAUGGUAUGCUCCAAGAACAUAUCUUGGUGGCAUGCGAGAAGAGGAGCGAACAACCCCUUUACCGAAUGGCUUCUUCAACUGGAUUGGCCCGUUUUGGAAGAUACCGGAUACUUAUGCACUACAACACCAGUCUCUCGAUGCCUACCUCUUCCUGCGGUUUUUGCGCAUGACGGUGGUCAUUAUGUUCUUCGGUGCAAUCGUGUGCGGCGCCAUAUGCUUUCCAAUCUUCAUCACGGGGGGAGCUGGUGGGGAGCAAUUGGACAUGCUAUCAAUGGGUAACAUCAACAAGGACAAGAAAGGUGGAAAAUAUAGGUACUUCGCUCCGGUGGGCGCUGCAUACAUCUUUUUUGGCUUUGUUCUUUUUCUCGUCACCAGGGAGAGCAUUUUCUACAUCAAUCUUCGCCAAGCCUUCCUCCUUUCGCCAGUAUAUGCCAACCGAAUUUCGGCCAGAACGGUGCUGUUUACAGCGGUACCAAAGUCAUAUCUUCACGAGGCAAAACUUCGUAGAGUCUUUGGCAGUGCCGUCCGCAGAGUCUGGAUUGGUCGCGAUACCAAAAUCGUCGAUGAUUUGGUGGAGGAACGUGACAAAGUCGCUUAUAAGCUCGAGGCCGCUGAGGUUAAACUGAUCAAGCUCGCAAACGGAGAGCGAUUGAAGUCCAUCAAGAAUGGAGCCGCUCUUGACGAGGAGCCCAUGGGCGCAGACGCUGAGUCUGGAUCGCUUGCUGCACGUUGGGUUCCGAUCGGAAAGAGACCUAGCCUCAAACUGGGGAAAUUUGGCCUGAUUGGAAAGAAGGUCGAUUCGAUUGAUUGGUGUCGUGAGCGCUUAGCAACUUUGAUUCCCGAGACAGAAGCUGCUCAAGCUGCCUACAGGGCUGGCGACACUGCGCUUAGCGGAAGUGUCUUUAUUGAGUUUGUGCACCAGUCAGAUGCACAAGCUGCUUUCCAGACCCUGUCUCAUCACCAAGCCCUUCACAUGUCCCCGCGUUAUAUUGGCAUCAACCCGAAAGAGAUUGUAUGGAAGUCGUUAAGCAUCCCAUGGGUUCAACGUGUAAUCCGAAGAAUCGCCGUUCUUGCCUUCAUCACUGCUCUGAUUGUCUUCUGGGCCAUCCCUGUUACCUUUGUCGGUCUCAUAUCAAACGUCAACUAUUUGAUGGGUAAAUACUCAUGGCUGCAUUGGUUGAACAAGAUUCCAACUCAAAUACUGGGCGUUGUUACUGGUCUAUUGCCACCUGUUGCACUCGCAAUACUGAUGUCCCUUGUUCCUAUCAUCAUGAGAAUGGUUGCCAAGCUCGCCGGAGAACCCUCUCUCGCUCGUGUCGAACUCUUCACUCAAAACGCCUAUUUUGUUUUCCAAGUUGUACAAGUCUUCCUUGUUAUGACGCUCUCUUCGUCCGCACCUGCCCUCAUCCAACGUCUUUCAGAUAAUCCUGGCGAUGCUCCUCAGAUUCUCGCCGAAAAAUUGCCUGUUGCUUCCAACUUCUACAUUAAUUACUUUAUUGUUCAAGGUUUGACCGUUGCCUCUGGCGUUCUGUCUCAAGUCGUCGGCUUCAUUGUCUUCAAGAUUUUGUACAAAUUCUUGGCUGGUACACCCAGAAAGAUGUAUCAAAAGUGGUCAAACUUGAGCGCCAUCUCUUGGGGAAGCACCUUGCCAGUCUUCACCAACAUCGCAGUCAUUGGUAUUACUUACUCAUGUAUAGCUCCUCUUGUGCUCUUUUUCGCCACCAUCGGCAUGUCACUGUUUUACAUGGCAUUCCGCUACAACAUUCUCUUCGUUACCGACAGUCAGAUUGAUACUAAGGGCCUUAUAUACCCCCGUGCGCUCCAACAACUUCUUACAGGUGUUUAUAUUGCCGAAAUCUGCUUGAUUGGUCUUAUGGGACUGGCAGCAACACCUGGUCCAUUGAUCUGCAUGGUUGGCCUCUUGAUUUUUACAAUACUCUACCACUUGUCUCUCAACUCCGCUCUCGACCCUCUCCUUUACAACCUUCCCAAGUCCCUAGAAGCCGAAGAAGAAUCGCUUCGCGACGGUAUCGAGAACGGUGUCCGUGGAGACUCACACGACAGCACCCUCAACGAGAAGACUGGAGAGGUAUCAUCUAGUUCCGCCCCAACCAAGAAGCCAAACUUCAUCUCCAAAUUCUUCGCUCCCCACAUCUACUCCGAUUACGCCACUCUCCGCCAACUCGUCCCCCACAAUCUUGUCGAUGUCGAUCAAUUAUACGAAGAAGCCACAGCCACGAACGCAUACUACCCACCUUCCGUCACCAGCGACACACCACUCCUCUGGAUUCCAAGAGACGAAGCUGGCAUCAGCGCGCAAGAAAUGGCUCAUACCAGCCGCGUCAUCCCAAUCACAGAUGACGGAUGCACCAUGGACGAGAACAACAAGAUGGUUUGGGAUACCGAGGGUAGACCACCCCUUUGGGCAGAGAAGAUUUACUAUUAG